CAAAAUAAUCCUACUCCAAACACGUAUUGUGCAGGAUCAAUGACAAGUAUUGUGGUCUCAUAUCAUUUUAUGACGGAAUCUUUUAGAAUCUUGAAACAUUGUGUGGUUCAAAAUAACACUACAUAGUCAUUUGUCAAAUCAUUUCUUCAUCUAGAUUUGCCUACCUCUGGUUUUGUAUUCUCAAUCUCUCUGGCAAUUGCAAUUGCAAUUGCAAUGGCUUCAGAGUCCCAUGAUCAGCUUCACUUUGUUUUGAUACCACUAAUGUCUCCAGGCCACCUUCUACCAAUGGCAGACAUGGCUAAGCUAUUGGCACAGCAUGGUCUGGUGGUCACAAUUAUCACCACACCUCUCAAUGCUGUUGGAAUCAAACCUGUCAUUGAUCGUGCCAUUGAUUCCGGUCUCUCCCUUCAUCUAGUCCAGUUCAUUUUGCCACUUGCUGAGUGUGGUUUGCCAGAUGGAUGUGAAAACUUGGAAUCAGUCCCUGCAAGAAACUUGUUUUGUAAUUUCUUUGAUGCAGUUAGCAGGCUUCAGAAGCCAGUAGAGAAAUUGCUUGAGACACUGAAACCCCAUCCGAGCUGCAUAAUCUCAGAUAAACAUCUGCCGUGGACAGCUGAGAUUGCUCAAAAGUUUGGGUUACCAAGGUAUUGGUUUGAUGGGACUAGUUGCUUUACUCUCUUGUCUAACCAUAAUAUAGAAACAUCCAAGGUCCUAGAGAGUGUUUCAGGAUCAGAAUCAUUUAUGGUGCCUGGUUUGCCUGAUGAGAUUGAACUUACUUUAGGCCAAUUACCGGCGCACUUGAAUCCUGCUAAUGUUGACUUCAGAGAUUUCCACGGAAAAGUAGAGGAAGCUACAAAAGCAUCAUGUGGAGUUGUUGUGAAUAGCUUUGAGCAGUUGGAAACGGAGUAUGUCAAAGAGUAUAGAAAGGUUAGUAAAGUGUGGAGUAUUGGUCCAGUGUCACUUUCCAACAACACAAACUUGGACAAAGCUCAAAGAGGCAAGUCAGGCAACAAGGCCUCCAUUGAUCAACACCAGUGCUUGAGAUGGCUCGAUUCAUGGCCUGAGAGCUCGGUUGUCUAUGUAUGUCUCGGAAGCCUCGGCCGUGUCGAAACUCCUCAGUUGGUAGAGCUUGGAUUAGGCUUAGAAGCAUCAAACCGGCCUUUUGUUUGGGUGAUCCGCAGAAAGAAGACAGAAGAAUGGGCAAAAUGGUUGUUGGAAGAUGGAUUUGAGGACCGGAUUAAAGGUAGAGGACUAUUAAUCCAUGGUUGGGCACCACAAGUAUUGAUAUUGUCACAUCCUGCAGUUGGUGGGUUUUUAACACAUUGUGGUUGGAAUUCGACGUUGGAAGGGAUUUGUGCUGGGAUUCCAAUGAUCACAUUUCCUAUGUUUGCUGAGCAGUUCUACAAUGAGAAGUUCAUAGUGCAUGUCUUGAAGAUUGGUGUGAGAGUUGGUGCCUCAGUGGUCAUUCCGUUGGGAAAACAAGAAGGGUCUGUGGUGUCAGUGAAAAGCGGCGAGUUUAAGGAGGCUAUAGAGAAAGUGAUGAUCACUGAAGGGAAUAAAGAAGGAGAAGAAAGAAGAGAGAGAGCAAAGAAGCUUGCAGUGAUGGCCAAGAAAGCUACAGAGGAGGGAGGUUCUUCUUACCUCAACAUUAGACUGUUAAUUGAAGAUGUAAGAUCAUACAAACAUCAGUAGUACUACCCAUCUUAGUAUUUAGGGUUCCUUGAAUGAUAGCACUCGUAGUCAUAGGCAAAAUGGACACUGCUCUGAGAAGGCACUCGCAGGUGAAAAGAAAUAUUGCACUGUUGGUGUUCAUUUGCUGGAUAGAAACCGGACUCUAGUUAGUAGUUACACAGUUACCCUAUUGUGUGAAUGUACUUACUGAUCUUAUUGAAAGUAUAUUUAUUUUCUACAUCAAUGGGUGUGGUGCAAUCACCAUAUGAAUUGAUAGGCUUUUUACUGAGAUAAACUAGAGAUGGAUAAACAUUGUCCAUGCAUAUCUUGUUUCUGUUUCCUGUAAACAAAAGUACAAAACCAUCUUCUAUGAAACCAAUACGCUUUGGUAGUCCCUCCUACUAACACCCAUCAAUUUUUCAGUCUUCUAGUGUAUAUGAGGUGGUAUGCACUAUGCAGGGAUAACGAAACUCAGACCGUCAGUAGAAUAAGCGGCAGCAAUAUCAUGACAAAUUCAGACAGACAGUUGGGUACACGACUCUUCUUCAUUUGGAUUGGACACCUGUGCUUCAGUGUUACCAAUCGUACAAUCAAUUCUUAAUUAUUGCAUAUUUGCAAUUGAUUCAGACAUCUAUAAUCAGCUUCACUUUGCUUUGUUUUUUAGCUGUCACGUACUGGUGUUUUAAUUGGUAGUAUUUAGGUGAUUUAUUGUCUUUUUCCUCUACCUAGUAAAAAUUAAGUUAUUAAUUCUAGUCAUAGCUUCAAAAUUUACCUGAUCUCAGAAUUAAGGCACGGUUAGUUCACAAGAAUGAUAAUAUCUUUGUACAUUGACACUUUUGGUUUAGUUAAUAGAAUAUCCUUUUCUCUUUUUUUUUUUUCAAUUAGUUAAUAGAAUAUCCUUGAAACAGACUUUCUGUGCAUCAGUUGCAUGUUGCAGUCACUGCAGAUACAGAUAUAAUAAAGACUAAAGAGAUUGAUAAGAUUUUCGCGGUUUAACAUUAAUUAUCUAUAAGUCCCCUUUCUUUUUUUUCCUUGAAGCAAACCAUGUCCAUAUAACCAAGAUAGACAUAUAGUAAAAUAAAGUAUUGCAUAAAUAUAGGACUACAGCAUCCAUGCACCACAUAUUGUUGCAAAUUUUUGGCUCAAUAAGUCAAUAUAUCAAAUCUUAUCAUCAUUACUAUCAAAAGUGCAAGCGGCACAAAAGAUGAUAAGAUUUGACAUACUGAGCCUAGAUGCCCUCAGUAUCAUAUCACUAUAUUCUAACCCCAUUCAAAUUUCUUCAUUUAGAUUACAUAUAUCUUCCCCUCAAAUUUUAUCAUUGCAAGUAUUUAGGUGCUCUUACAAUGGCUUCAGAAUCCCAUGAUCAACUUCACUUUGUUUUAAUACCUCUAAUGUCUCCAGGGCACCUCAUACCAAUGGCAGACAUGGCUAAGCUAUUGGCACUACAUGGUGUGGUGGUCACAAUUGUAACCACACC